UCAUUUACAUACAAAUACAUUCUUGCGAGACGAAAUCGAAAAUUGACACACCGCAAAACUCUUUUUAUUUACAUUUAAAGCAUCACCGCGUAGUUACUCUAUUGAAACCCAUUAGCAAAACUAAAUAUUUAGCUCCACCGUUGCUGUCAACGCUAUCGCUUUUGCGUCUAUUUCUCUAAAUACGCACAAAUCAUGACGAUUGGUGCACGAAUUGAUCUCGACAAGCCUUUAUACGUCCAAACUACCUUCAUCGGAAGGCUCAAGCAUUUCUUCUGGGUGACAGAUCCGAGGACAUGUGUUUGUUCAGAGGAAACUUUGGACAAUGCUAAGAAUCUCAUUGUUGCUUAUAGGCAAGGCAAGGAACCUCAGGGAACAUCAACGGAACAAAUUAUUUUCGCCCGUAAAUUAUAUGAAAGCGCAUUCCAUCCCGACACGGGAGAUAAGCAAAAUGUCUUUGGCAGAAUGUCAUUCCAGGUGCCAGGAGGUAUGGCUAUCACAGGAUUCAUGCUGCAAUUUUAUCGCACUGUUCCAGCUGUCGUCUUUUGGCAGUGGGUGAACCAAAGUUUUAACGCUCUCGUCAAUUACACGAACAGGAAUGCCAAAUCUCAACUGAGCACCACUCAGCUAGGAAUCGCCUAUGUGUCUGCGACCACUUCUGCACUAGUCACCGCAAUUGGUUUUCGCUCAUUUUUGGAGAAGAGGGCUGGAACUCUGCUUCAACGGUAUGUACCCUUUGCUGCUGUCGCUGCAGCAAACUGUGUGAAUAUUCCAUUAAUGCGUCAAAAUGAACUAGUCGACGGAGUUGAUGUCUUUGACGAAAAUGGAAAUCUUGUUGGUCAGUCCAGGAUUGCAGCUGCAAAAGGAAUCUCUCAGGUAGUCUUUUCAAGAAUUGCAAUGGCUGCACCGGGAAUGACAAUCCUCCCCAUUGUGAUGCAAAAAUUGGAGACGUACAAUUGGAUGCAACGGAUCAGGGUUCUGCAUGCACCUUUGCAGGUGCUAAUGGUCGGUUGCUUCCUGACAUUUAUGGUUCCAACCGCGUGCGCACUGUUUCCUCAGAGAUGUUCUCUGAGCAUGUCCAUGAUUGAGCGUUUUGAAUCGGAUAGCUAUAAAAAGAUGCUGGAGAAGUGUAAUGGUCAAGCACCAAGAGUUGUGUUUUUCAACAAGGGUCUCUAAGAAGCACUCGUUUUUGCAAGAGGCAUCUCGUAAAUAAUAAGUCGUGAUAGCCAUAAAAUUAAAAAAAUUAUUGUUCCUCUUGUUGGUUAUGUUUGCAUUUUAUCCCAAGGCAGUUUAUUGGAUUGAUUGCUACCACGAUUUAUUAAAUAAUUAUGUAUGAAAUCGUUUUAAUAGCUUGACAAUAAGCUCUUUAUCAGUUGUUGAUAAGGAGGGUAAAAAUAAUAAUAUAUGUUUAUCGUCAAA